GCAAUACUCAGCGCGCUGCUCGUUCCCGCGCCGCCAUCCUCGUGAACGCGCACCAGCAUCCUCCGUUUCUUCUUCUUUGUGUGUUGAAGAUAAACAAAGAACAAGAUGAACCAGGUGCUUGCAACCUGCUGGAUGUUCCUCCUGCUCUCCGCCUCCCUGUGCGAGCCUGCGCUGUGCAAAGGGGGACGCGGGGGGUCCCGGGGCUCCUCUAGAGGCUCCCCCGCUCGCAGCACCACGGCGGGCUCUUACCGCAGGGCAGGCAGCUACGGCGGCCCGCGCUCUCGCUUCAGGGCGGCGGGCCGGACGUCCCCGGUGCGGGUGGCCGCCGCUGCGGCCGCGGGAGCUGCGGUGGCCCUGACGGCGGAUAAAUGGUACGCGUCUGCUUACCGCCGCAGCAACGCCGACUCCGAGGAGGAGCUGGAUUAUUACAACAGGACCGGUUACUUUGAUGCCCAUAUGUCUGGCUCCACAGCGGGAGCAUCCUUCUGUCAAAUGUUCUACAUCACCAUGGUGACACUCUCCACCAAAUAUUCACUCUUGUGGGACUCCAUGCUGUAGAUGAGCUUUUAAGGAGAACUGCACUGGACCUGUGCAAUACAAGACAGGCUGGAAGCAACUGGAAAGACUGACGGGAAGACACAGUAUGACCACAAGGCAAACACUGCACUGUUUACUUCCACUUCAACGCACGAACUGGAGCACAAAUGUUCACUCCUCCAACACCAGCUUGUGUGUAUGUGCACCAAACCGGUCCCCAAAUUAUUAUUAUUAUUUUUUUAAAAGACAAAAUGAAUAUGCAUUUCUUUAGCUUAAUAGCACCAUUGCCCAAGUCAUUUUUGAACAUUUUCAGAAAAUGAGGGGGGGGAAAAAACUUCAGCAAAAGUCUAGUUGCCUCAAUUUAACCAUUGUGCAUUACCAUAACCUGGAUGACUGAGAUGACAAACAUGAGAAAAAACACAAUUUCUAGCACAUUGGUAUUUUCUUACUGAUAUGGUGACACAAAGUUACAAAUGAUUCAGGCAUUUAUGCUAUUAGGCUAACAAUUAAAAAUGAAGUUAUCCCUACACAGGACAAUAUAUAUACUUAGAAUACUUUGGUUUAUUUAUAAGCUGCUGAUUCAUAAACAUUAGUGUCCCAAACCUACAAGAAAAUCUUCCAUUUUAACACCACGAAUACUCUUAAUUAAUUUUCUCUAAUUAAUGCCAAGGGGUGUCUAUUCACUCAACUGGAGAUGAGGUGUGUAAGAUCAUCUUUUAUUACAAUGCCCAGGCAUCUAAUUUGCAUCAUGUGCAAAGAGUCCACAUUUUAAUUCAUCUGAGAGACUUUUUUUCCGUGACUCAGCAGGUGCUGCUGUUAACAACUGAGUUCAGAUUUCAAAGUCUUUCAACUGAGGUCACUACAAUUAUGACCCAUUUUCCUGAUAAGAAACGAGAUACUUUUUUUUU